AGAACAGCACGUUGGAAGCCAAUGAGACGCUGACAGAAGGCAGCGACACUCAAGUCACUCCACUACCCACUGAAGGCUACACACGGAAACGCAUCAGACCUAGACCUCACAAGCCAUCACAUAAGAGUACAGACUCCACCACAGAAAGUUCUCUGCGUGUGCUGAAAAUGGAGAGCAGAGCCAAUCCUUGUGGCAUACCUAUGAUGUUCCUAUGGCCUCUGUGCUUGUGCCCAUGGAUAUUCUAA